AAAGCCGAUCAGUGGCGGGGUUAUUUCAUAUCUGUCUGAGAUAAGAUAAGCUCAGGACCCCGCGAAGAUUUUAUUCUGAGCUGAUCUAGAGCACCCUACUAUACAUCAAGAUCUGUUUCCAACCAAUAAUCCAAAAUGUCUCCUUCUGCUGAUACUCCAGAGACCUCCAACUCCGCCGAUUCCACGGUUCUGAGCUUGAGGAAAUCCCUCUGUUCUGAGGACACCCCUCUUCCCAUCCGUUUUCGUGCUCUUUUCUCACUGAAGCACGUUGCGACCACCUCGGAUGACGAUUCUACAAGGAUCGCGGCCAUUGAAGCCAUUGCUGCCGGAUUCACCUCACCUUCAGCCUUGCUCAAGCAUGAGCUCGCAUACUGUCUAGGCCAGACAGGCAACCCCGCUGCUGUCAAGCCUCUCCGACAGGUUCUGGCUGAUUUGAAGGAGGACCCAAUGUGCCGCCACGAAGCUGCCGAAGCCCUUGGAGCCUUAGGCUGGGCUGACAACCUAGACAUCCUCCGCGAGUACCGAGACCGCAAAGAGGAGGACAUAAGCAUUAUCGAGACAUGCGAGAUCGCUAUCCAGCGCAUCGAGUGGGAGAACUCAGAAGAGCGACGAAAGGAAAAGUUGCGCCCUAGUGAUUUUGCCUCUAUCGAUCCUGCGCCCCCGAUGCCCGAAUCCGAACAGAAGGCCGAAGUCGAGGAGCUUGGCCAUAAGCUCAUGGAUACAAAUCUGCCUCUAUUCCUCCGUUACCGCGCCAUGUUUGCUCUCCGAGAUCUGGCAUCACCUCCCGACCUGCCCACUGCUGUCCCCGCUGUUCUCGCUCUUGCUAAAGGAUUGUCUGACUCCUCCGCACUCUUCCGACACGAGAUCGCCUUUGUAUUUGGCCAGCUUUCACACCCCGCUUCUAUCCCAGCCCUGACUGAGGCGUUGAGUGACGUCAACGAGGCUAGCAUGGUUCGACAUGAAGCAGCCGAGGCACUUGGAAGUCUGGGCGAGGAGGAAGGUGUCGAGGCUACCCUAAGAAAGUUCCUUCAUGACAAGGAAAAGGUUGUUCGAGAGAGUUGCAUUGUUGCGCUGGAUAUCGCUGAGUAUGAGAAGGGUGGAGAGGCUGAGUAUGCUUUGAUCCCCGAGACUGCAGGAGUUUCUGUAUGAUUUAUGAGUGCGCUCGCAUUGUCUAGUAUUGCGUCUAGUUGUUUUCAUGCCACCUAAAAGUUGAAUGUUAGAUUAGUUAAAAUAGAUGGAUUCGGGAUUCUCACGAGUUGCCGCAAUCGCAAAGGUAGAUGACCGUUGAUCCUUCAUCUGCACCGCGCAAUUGAACGUUGGUAUACUUGACCUCUUCACGACCGCACUUGGGGCAUGUUUCGUGAGCAGUGCUAUCAGUUUGCAAAUUGUGCUUCUCAACAGCCUGGACACUUGACUGGAGCUUCUGUCUCAAGAAAGAAGGGAAAUCGGAGGGUUUUGUUUG